GCGAGUCACACUCUUUGUUUCUGGUCCUUCCUUCCUAGGGUUCGAUAAUCGAGAUUUGAGUGUCUUGUUCUUCGUUCGGAGCCGUUUCAUUCCAUCGUUCCACUCUUUUGCUCAACAACAAUCAAUCCCAUGACGCCGCCACCAGGACUUUAUUCUGGUACCAGCACCCUAGCUUUGGUCGCUCGAGCUUCUGCUUUCUCCUUUGGCCUUGUUUAUGGAAGCAUCAAGCUCAAGUAUCUCAAGGCAAAAGCCAAGUCUCAAGAGAAAGCUAAAGCGAAGGCUCAUCACUGAAAGCAAUGUGAUCGCUGGGGCUAUUUGCUGAAAUAAUUCAUGACAAGGAACUGUACAAUGUUUUCUCCCAAUUUUUUUUUCCUGGUUUAAGCUUUGGACGACCUUAAAGCAUUGAGUUUAGUGCAAUGUGAAAAUGUUCAAUUAUCACGAUUUUGCCUUGUUUCAAUAAAUAGCCUGUCUUAUUUUGAGUUCCAAGUUUAUAUUGCAAGGUGCCUCUGCUAUGUCUUGUCAUUCGCUUCAAGCCUGGAAAAAUAUUUUCACUGAAUUGCGAUGUGUCUUAUUCGUAGGUAAUUACU